AUGAAAGUUGUAUUAUUAUCAUUAUUACUGCUACAACAUAUUCGAACUUGUCACCAAACUAUAUUUGUCCUAUUUUUUAAUUCAUUGUUAAAUGUUAAGUUCAGUAAUAUAUUGCCAUUUGGAGUAACUGAAAAAGAUUGCUCUCACGUGUUUUCGAAUUUACAAUUUGAUGAAAAUUUUGUAUAUAAGGAAAAUGGGUGUGUCGAGCUUUUUAAUAGUAUAAAAAAAGGGAAAACAGAAAGGGAAAAAAAGGAAGAAAGAAAAAAAAAAAAAAAAAGUUUUGAAUUGAUUUUUUACUAUAUACCAACAUAUAAAGAUCAAGUGUUGAAUGCUGGCAACUGUGCUAGUAAUAUGGGUAUAAAAUAUCCAGAUAUAAAAAUCAAGGAAAAUAAUAUUGAAAAAUUAGCCAGCUUGUCAGAUAUAAUACCAUAUUCCACAAUUUCAGACAUUGUAAAACGUGUACGUAAUAUUUGUAGUUUUAAUUAUAUUUUUGCUGCUACGUAUGGUAAGGACAAUUACCUUCCAGUUAGCUACUAUGAGGAAAGAAAAAAUACAAAUAAUAUUAAUCUUUUUGACAAAAUAAAAACAUAUAUUUAUAGUCCCAUACAGAAACCUAUCCUAUUGUCAAGAACACUUAGUAAUAGCAAUGAUAAAUUGAGUAUAGACAAAGAAAAUAAAGGAAUGGAAAAUUCUUUUUUAUCCCAUAGUAGUAAGAACAAAAGUAUAGUUGAAGAGGCUAAUUCGUUGUAUUAUGAAAAUUCCCCCUUUUUAAUUUAUGAAAUAUAUGAAUUAUUCGAAUUUGACAUAUCCCAUUGUUUGAAAAAUAUCAUAACGAGUAAGAGAAAACUCACUAGUAGAAGAAAUGACAAUGUAAUUAACAAAUGUGAAACAUAUUUUUCCGAUUGUAAAAAGAAGGUUUGCGUCAACCAUGACGUGAAAUGCAACUGUAGUUUAACCAGUAAGUCAUCCCCUGUUAGCCCUGAACAUAGGGGUAAUAAUAAUAGUAGUAGUAACAGUAAUAGCAGCGGCAGUAGUAAUAACCAUAGUAACGAUUAUAGGAACAUCCACGUGCAUCAAGCGAAAAGCGUCAAGAGAAAAAAGAAAAAAAAGGUAGAUGGAAUUUUAGACAGUGAUAAUUAUGAAAUAAGUGAGGGAGAAUUUGUGCAAGAUAGUGAGACAACAAUUCUUAGGUUAUCGGAACAGACUUGUAUAUACUGCAUAAAAAAAAAAGUACAGGGAAACUCGAAUUUUGCAAAUUUUAUGAAGAAAUAUAUAAAAUAUAAAUUACGAUCAAAUGAAGUGACAAAUUUGAAGUGCGAAAGAAAGAAUAUUGUGUGUUAUUAUCCAGAAAAGAAGUCUCUAUUUUCGUCUCUAUUUUUGAAGAAUUAUUAUGGCAAAUGGGGAUGUAAAAUGGAAUUUUACCCAUAUAAGGACAGUAAUAAAACUAAUAAAAGUAGUGAUAAGAAUAGGGAUAAUAAACAAAAUGAUAAUGAUAAUGCCUGCAGUACUAAUGGCAUUAAUAGCAAUGACAGUAUUAUUAAUGAUAAUAUUAAUAAUGAUAAUAUUAAUAAUGACAAUAUUAUUAAUAACAGUAAUAGUAACAAUAACAGUAAUAGUAACAAUAAUAGUAAUAAGCAUAAUAGUAAUAAGCAUAAUAGUAAUAAGCAUAAUAGUAAUUAUAGUAACGAUAAAAAAAAAGGAGUUAGCGAUGUAUCCCACGUGUUCCCUAAUAAAAAAGCACUUUUGAUAUUCGACAAUUUAAAAAAACAAAUGACCUACGUAAUUAUUUCAUACUGUUUUGCUAAGGAACAGACGGUAUACCCCGUAAACAUUGCGGAGUAUAAUGCACAUUUAAAGGGGGUAUUGUAUACGCACAGUUAUAUGAAACAGGGUUAUACUAUUUAUCAGUCGGGUAUUAAUGAGUACUAUAAUAGGGAACAGUAUUUGAAAAAUGGUAUGGACAUUUAUUUCUUAAGUACUAAUAAGUUAGAGAAAAAAGAGGACAUGUGUUACUAUAACUAUUAUGAUGAUUUUGUUGAUCCUUUUAAAAAUGCUUUUCUAAGAAGAUGUAAAACUGAAAAUGGUAAUACCUUUGAAAACAAUAUUUUUUUUAAAAAUGUAAACGAGAGAAUUAAAAAUUUCUUUACAAAUGAAGAAAGAAAAAAAGGGGAAAAAGAGCAGUUCCUAAAUGGGAGAAAUGAUACCGAAAAAAAGGAUCAAGUAAAAGAAGUAGAAAAAGAGAAACAAGUGGAAAGCGUAAAAGAAGCGGGGCUGGAUGUGGAAGUGCAAAAGGCAAAAGAAAUAGGGUAUUUUUAUCAUAUGCAUAGUAAUUACUUUAGUAAAUCAGCUGAAAGGAAUAGUAACAGUGGUAGUAGUACUACCCCCUAUGACAAAAACACGAACGUAAGAACAAAGUGGAAUGAUGUUGGAAAAUACAUUUACCUGACAUACUUAAAAGGCGUACAUAUUUUAAAUUUUUACACAUUUCCCAUAUUUAGCGUAUAUACAAAUUUAUUUUACAAAAAUAAAGCAAUACCACCUGAACAAAUGUAUGAGGAUACAUUUAUUUAUGAACAAAGUAAUGUGAAUUGUAAAAUAGAGGUAGGUACGAACUGCAGUUGUAAAAAUAAUGAGCAUGGUGCAAAUAAUAUUGAAGAUUCCUCCUGUAUACAUAGUGCUACCCCCCCAGUUUGUAACAGUAAUAAUAGCAUUAUUUAUAACCUUGUAGAGAAAAAUAAUAUUAACUCGUUUAGACAUGUAGAUGUGCAAAAUAACAAGAGUAUAUAUUACUAUUAUUUCAUAAAUUAUAAUAAUAAGAGUUAUUUAUUUGAAGUAAAUACAAAUUCUCAAUUUUCUGGGGACAUUUUUAUGAAUGGAGGAGAAAUAUUAUAUCGUUUUAUAUCUGAAUCAGAAAAGGAAUUAUUAAAUAAUAGAAGAAAAUAUGUAAAAGAUGGAAAUACAUUUACUAUAUAUAUUGACGAGAUGUCUACAAAUAAUAUAUACAAAGAAAAUUGCAGGAAAUUUAAUACAAUAAAAUGGGCCUUAAUACUAUUUUUUAUUCCUGCAUGGUUAAUAAUUAAUGUGGUUUAUUUAAUACUUGUUCAGAAUAUAUGGAGACAGAUAUUCAAUCCGUUACAUAGAUUUCUUAUUUCUCCAUCUCUUAUUCGUUUGUCAUCAUAUAUAAUGUUAUUGAUGUUUUGUAUUAUGCAGUGUCCUUAUAGAAAUAGUAGAUGUGUUGAAUAUUUCAUACUAGGCUAUAUGGCAUUAAAUACAAUGUUCAAUACUAUAUUUUUUGGAAACCUACUUCUAAUCAGUAAAGGAUAUAUGAUAACAAGAGGAAAUUUUAACAAAAGAGAAAGCUUAUAUCUUACCCUUAUUAUUAGUUUUAUUUAUAUAUUAACAUCAUUCAGUCAGCUAAAUAUUAUGAAUGAAGCAUUAAUAUUAAUAUGUUUACAUACGAUCUUAUUCCUUCUGCUUGUUACUAAUAUAUUAUCAAUCAUAAAAUUUCUAAAAUUAAAACUAUCCUUUGUACGUAAUUUUGGUUUACGUGAGUGGGAACAAUCUAUUCAUAUCAAGCUUAGUAUGUACAAAGUGUAUUUAUGUCUUAUCAUUCUUUUUUUUUCAUUUGAAAUGAUUUUGCAAGUAUUAAAAGUUUUUUUUAAUUUUCUUUCUGCAAAUAUUACGUUAAUUGAGUAUACAAUUGAAUUAAUCACUUGGUGUUCCGUAUUAUAUAUAUUCAGAUAUAGGGGAGAUAUAUUGUAUUUUUCACUACUCUAUGAUAAUAUUACAUUUAAUAUCAUACCUUUAUACAUUGUCAAGAAUGCACCAAUGGAUCAUAUUUGUGACAAGGAGAGAAAUAAAGCCUUUGAUGAUUUUAAAUUUCCAAUUUUUAUUUUAAAUCCGCUAGAAUACAGCGAACAGAAUUUUUUAUCGCGUAUGGCCAUUGGUUGGCCCAUUUACUCGCACUAUGAGAAGAAGUGUAUCUGA